GCAACUGGAGCUGCCACAGCCGGCAGCUACUGCUGGUCAUCAUGAUCCUGGCCGCCGUGAUGCCCCUGCCCCAGGCCCGGCAUCCGGAUCAGGUGGCUCUGGACUAUGCCUACGAUGAGGAUGCCUCGGGGCGUUCCUCCUCGUCAGCCGCCUCAUCAAGCGAGGGUCUGCCCCACUUCAAUGUGAAUCCCUACCACGGCCUGGUGGAGAGCUUCGGCGAGGGCAGCUACGACAGUGACCUGAGCCUGAGCGAGAGCAGCUACGAGGAGAUCACCCAGGCGGCCAUCCGGGCGGCACGCCGCGAGAUGCGACGCCAGAGGACGCGUCAUGCCCGCAGUCACAACCUGCGGCUCUUCACCGGCCCCCUGCCCCAGGUCCCGGAGUGGGAGAAUCCCUGCGGUGGCAGCUACAAUGCCGACAGCGAGAGCUCCAGCGAUAGUUCGGGCCAAGGACGAGUGAUUAAGCGCAAGUACCUGGAGAGCCUGAGGAACGUGGCGCGUAGCGAGUACCAAGACAUCAGCCGUCGCGCCAACCAGGAGUACGUCGACUUCCAUUACUGGCCGCACGAGUACAAGUUCCUGCCGAACAUGACGAAGCCCACAACAGCGGUGAAGCUCAAGACCUGGUACCGCCACAUCCAGACAUUUGUCGGCAGCUUUGCGUAUUUGGGGCGGGCGCAGUACAAGUUCCUCAAGGAGCAUCAGCGCGGCCUCAAGGGGGCCGAUGAGCUGCACGACCUCCUGGUUAGCGCCCGGUAUAUGCUCUGCGAGAUCGAGACGACCAUCAACUCGUCGUAUCCGAAUAGCAAUGGAGCCAAGCUGAGCCGGGUGAGCCGGGAGGCGAUGCAGGAGCGGCUCAAGUUCUACACGCCCGCCGAUGGCAGUGCGGAGGCGGAUAUGCGGGACCUCAAGGCCAGCAAGGAGCUGUAUAUUCAGUAUCUGGAGAAUGUCUACAAGACGCUGCACAAGGCCCUGCGUCGCCAUCGUCGUCGCAAUAGUGCGGAGCGUUUGCAUGCGGCACCAUUCCAAGGAUCAUCACCAGGAGCGGCAGCGGCAGCAGCGGCGGCAGGAGCGAGCAGUCAGCGGACGGGAAGUUCGGAAAUGGUCGACCUGGGCGGCUCCUCCAAUGGGGCGGGCAUCAGUUCCGGCUCCGACUGCGGAUCCGCCGAGUGCUGAGACACAACUAGAACUAGAAACAGAAUCGGAAACAGAGUCCACAUCAUGCCGCUCCAGUAUUAUGGCGAAUGCUGCACCAGUUCCAGGUCCAGGUCCAGGUCCAGGUCAGAGAUCAGCAGCAUUCGCCGCCUGCAAGCCAAAAAGAGGAAAUCCACGUCCAGACAGGGAGAGAACGAAGAAUUUUUGUCGAAUGCCAUUUUAGACACGUACUUUAGGAUUUAUUUAUUUAUUGAGUAUUAGGACGAGAGAGAGAGAGCACCUUCCAUUCCAACUUGCCACAACAUUUGCGCGGUAUCAAGCCACUCCAUCCCAGUUCCCUCCAUACCCUCGACUAUUUAUUUCCCAUUUAGAGAGUAUUCCCUAUCCCAUUUUCCACCUUUCCACCUUUUUUUUCUC